AAGCCUCAGCUCUUGGGUUCUGUCAUGGCCACUCCAAAUGGAACUGUGGUCCACCCAGCAUACUUCUUGCUGGUGGGCAUCCCUGGAUUGGGGCCUAACAUUCACUUUUGGCUGGCUUUCCCUCUGUGCUUUAUGUAUGCUUUGGCCACCCUGGGCAACCUGGCCAUUGUCCUCAUCAUCCGCAUAGAAAGGCGCCUGCAUGAGCCCAUGUAUCUCUUCCUGGCCAUGCUUUCCACCAUUGACCUAGUCCUGUCCUCUGUCACCAUGCCCAAGAUGGCCAGCCUCUUCCUGACAGGCAUCCAGGAAAUUGAAUUCAAUGUUUGUUUGGCCCAAAUGUUCCUUAUCCAUGCUCUGUCAGCAAUGGAGUCAGCUGUCCUGCUGGGCAUGGCUUUUGACCGCUUUGUGGCCAUCUGCCACCCACUGCGGCAUGCUUCUGUGCUCACAGGGCCUAAUGUUGCCAAGAUUGGAUUAGCUGCCCUGACAAGGGGAUUUGUAUUCUUCUUCCCACUGCCUUUCAUCCUGAAGCGAUUGUCAUACUGCCAAACACAUACUGUCACACAUUCCUUCUGUUUGCACCAAGAUAUCAUGAAACUGUCCUGUACUGACACCACAGUCAAUGUAGUAUAUGGACUCUUCAUAAUCCUCUCAGUAAUGGGUGUGGAUUCCCUCUGCAUUGGCUUCUCCUACAUCUUCAUCUUGAGAGCUGUGUUGGAGCUAUCUUCUCGGGCUGCAGCAAUCAAGGCUUUCAACACCUGCGUCUCCCAUCUCUGUGCUGUGUUGGUCUUUUAUGUGCCCCUCAUUGGGCUCUCAGUGGUGCACAGGGUGGGUGGCCCUACCUCCCUGACCCAUGUGAUGAUGGCUAAUAUCUACCUACUACUACCACCUGUGGUCAACCCCAUUGUCUAUGGAGCCAAGACCAAGGAGAUUCGUUCACGAGUCCUCCAUAUACUCUCACAGGAUGGCAGGUGA